CCGUGGACACAGGCCUUAAGGCGUCCCUCUCGCUUCAGGGAAGUCGGAACUGACUUCUCGACUGUUCUCGACGCGAGGAUACGCGACCUUUGAAGGCUGUUUGUAAAUUCCGGCAAAAAAAAAGCAGGAAAGACUACUCGAAUGACUCGAAUAAGCGGCGGUACAUGGCGGACGAUUUGCCGUCGAAGAACCUAGAGCGUCAACAGGUUGAAGACACAAAUAAUCAAAAGAGCCGAAAUUUAUGCAAGUCGGAGACAUCGCUGUGCUUCUCUUGAUCGGCGUCUCUCUUUCCCGCGAAGAAGCCACGAUCACGCGAAUGCAAAUCGCUCGGACACCAUCCCUCCGCUUUGCAGUGGAAUCGAUUCGAGACCCGAUCGCAGCGAGACUUCCGCAGAUAUUUUUCUCCGACAGGAAAGACGUAGCUUCUCGUUCGUCAGUUGCGACCUUUCCAGCUAUCUCACAUAUUACGUUUACGAAAUAUCAUUAUUGCAACAUAUAUUGUACAAUAAUAAUGUAAUAUCAUGUGCGCAGAACGUAUUACAUCUUGAAGUAGCGCCGGCAUCCUCGCGUCUGACUCGCCAACUUUUCGGUAGCGCAAAUCACCAGUAUGCUAAUUGGCUGAUAAGCGGACCACGAUACGCGAGAUCGUUGCCAGCUACGCUUGUGCCUCGCAUUGUCCACCGCUGUCCUUCCCGUGACGGGGAAAUUAUUCGUAAGUUAUGGCGUUAACGACUAGAGAACGGACUCGUUCCGACGCGAGAUAUCAAAGCAGUUGUAACGGCGCAAGAGCGACGAGUGUAUUUUCACUCGGCAACAUUCGUGCCUCUUGCUCGACACCUUUUAUCGCGCGAGGCGGCGCCGGGGAAUAAUUUUGUCAGUUGUUAUUGCAGACCGAGAUAAGCGACGCUCGUGGAGCGUAGACAAUUUGAGCUGUAAGAUUUUCAUAUCGCUUUUUCCUCGUGAGAGACUUGUAGUUAAUUUCUUGGGACGAUGCGACACGUUAGAUUUGCGUCAGUGCCCACGAUGUCCGCGUCGUCGUCCACGGACGAGCGUAUGUUGAAGGGAAUACGGAAGGUCGUGCCGAGUUUGAUCAACAGCAAGUACAAGGGUCAAGACGGCAGAAUCGGGAUCUUCGGCGGCAGCGCAGAGUACACGGGGGCACCGUACUUCGCGGCUAUGAGCGCGCUGAGAACCGGGGCCGAUCUCGUUCACGUGUUUUGCGCCAAGGACGCCAGCGUCCCCAUCAAGUCGUUCAGUCCUGAGCCGAUAGUCCACCCGGUCCUGGACCAGCAGGACGCAAUAAAGCAGAUAAAACCCUGGCUCGAUCGUCUGCACGUCAUCCUGAUCGGGCCCGGGCUCGGCAGGGACGAGGGGACAUUCAAGAUCAUCGUCGAGCUGAUAACGAUCUGCCGAGAGGCGAGGAAGCCGCUGGUUAUCGACGCGGACGGUCUGUUCCUGGUCUGCCAGAAGCCGGAGAUCGUCAAGGACUACCCUGGAGUCAUCCUGACGCCUAACGCGAUGGAGUUCAGUCGUUUGGUCAAAGCGGUCCUGGACAGGUCUGUCCCGCCUGCUUCGAUAGUCAAGGUUUCCGACGUCAAACACGUAGCGGAGGCUUUCGGGAAGAACGUGAUAAUUCUGCACAAGGGAGCGAAGGACGUGAUCGUGGACGGUCACAAGGGCGCCGAGACCGUGUCGUGUGGAUUGGCUGGCUCCGGGAGAAGGUGCGGCGGCCAGGGAGACCUCUUGUCCGGCUCGUUGGCGGUAUUCUGGUGGUGGGCCAUCUCCUCGGGAACCAGCGAGUGCGCCCUGUCGCCCUCGAUAGUGGCGUGCUACGCCGCGUCGAGACUGAUCCGGGAAUGCAACGCGUCGGCCUUCAAGAUACGACAAAGGGGAAUGUUGGCCUCGGAUAUGCUGGAGCAAAUACAGCCGGUGUUCAACAGGAUCUUUGAAACUCAUUGCGACAAGUAACGCUCACGCUCACUUUUAAUUACGUUGUUUCUAGAGAGCGCUUUCCUUGUCUCUCGCAACGCUUUAUUACUGGAAUUAAGUGAAGGAAAUGCAAAAUCGACGAUCAUAUCGCCAUUUCAUUAUUGUGGAUUUUAGAACUUCCUCGUUUGUUGGAAGAGGUCGAACUCGAAGCACUGAUACCUGAAGCGUUUACUGUAUACAUUUAUAUUACAUUUUACAAAAUUUGUUAUCGGCGUAUUACAUAAAUUGAAAUAUGCACAUUUCGAAAAUUGGCUUCAAGGAAACUUAUUCAGGAAAAUAUACGCUAAUAUAUAUACAUACUUGUGUAUGUAUAUACUUGUAAUUUACAUAUAAUUCUUAUGUGGUUGUUAAUAACUUGAAAGUUUAUAUAAAUAAAUAUUUUUAUAUAAAAUUA